CGAAAAUUUACGAUUUUUUAUUAACCCACACUGUGUCUGUUGUUACUACAACACAAUUCCUCAAUGGCAGACAAAAGUACUGAAGCUGCUCAGUCCAAGGAGGUUCAGAAUUCACCAAAUUCUCAGGAGCCUCCAAGACCUAAAACUGAGAAAGAACUGGAACGUGAACGUCAAAAAGCUGCUAAGCUUGAGAAGUAUCAGGCCAAAUUAGCUGCAAAAAAGGCUAAGGAGGAGUCUAGAAAGCCAAAGAUUGAGAAGAAGUCCAAGAUUGCUGAACCUGUAGCUGAAUAUGUUGAAGAAACAAAACCCGGUGAAAAGAAGGUCUUACAAGACUUGGAAUCUCCCUCUUUGAAGUCAUAUAAUCCCAAGGCUGUUGAAUCUGCUUGGUAUGACUGGUGGGUUAAGUCUGGAUUUUUUGAACCUGAAUUCGGCCCCGACGGUAAAGUGAAAGAGGAGGGUAAGUUUGUUAUCACCUCUCCUCCUCCUAAUGUCACUGGUGCUCUCCACAUUGGUCAUGCCCUCACUAUUGCAAUUCAGGAUUCUUUGGCCCGUUGGAACCGUAUGAAGGGUAAGACUGUACUUUUCUUGGGAGGUUUUGAUCAUGCAGGUCUUAGUACCCAGUCUGUCGUUGAGAAGAAGCUUUGGGCUGAAAAAAAGCAAACUCGCCACGACUAUGCCAGAAAUGAUUUUGUCGACAUUGUCUGGAAGUGGAAAGAGGAAUAUCACGAGCGAAUUAAGAAACAAAUGUCCCGUCUUGGUGGCUCUUUUGACUGGACUCGUGAAGCUUUUACUAUGGAUGAGAACCUUACUCGUGCUGUCGUCGAGACCUUUGUCCGCUUGCAUGAGGAUAAGAUUAUCUACCGUGCCAACCGCCUUGUAAACUGGUGUACUGCUUUACAGACUACUUUGUCUAACUUGGAAGUUGAGAAUAUUGAAGUGACCGGACGUACUGAAAUCAAGGUUCCUGGUUAUGAUCACCUUGUGGAAGUCGGUGUCUUGACCUCAAUUGCUUAUGAAGUGGAAGGCUCUGAUGAUAGAAUAAUCAUUGCAACUACUCGUCCUGAGACUUUGCUUGGUGAUACUGCCAUUGCAGUUCAUCCUCAAGACCCUCGUUACAAGCAUCUUCACGGAAAAUCUGUCAAGCACCCCUUCUGCAACCGAAGCCUUCCCAUCGUUUGCGACGAUAUCGCUGUUGAUAUGGAAUUUGGUACUGGUGCAGUUAAAAUUACUCCUGCUCAUGAUCUUAACGAUUAUGAGGUUGGUAAACGUCACAAUCUUGCUUUCAUCAACAUUCUGAACGACGAUGGUACCAUGAACGAAAAUUGCGGUGAAUUUUCCGGAAUGAAGCGUUUCGAUGUCCGUAUAAAGAUUGUUGAGCGCCUUAAUGAACUUGGCUUGUUUGUGGGUACCCAAGAUAACCCAAUGGUUAUUCCUGUUUGCGGCAAAACUUCCGAUAUUAUCGAACCCAUCAUGAAACCUCAAUGGUGGGUUAACCAAAAGGAAAUGGCUUCUGCUGCCGCUGAAGCUGUACGUUCUGGCGAAAUUGAUAUCGCCCCCGAUGUCUCUCGUAAAGAAUUUAUUCGCUGGAUGGAAAACAUUCAGGAUUGGUGUAUCUCUCGUCAAUUGUGGUGGGGCCACCGUAUUCCUGCCUACUUCGUUAAGCUCAGCAAUGAAAAGAACCAAGACAGGAGCGAUGAUCGUUUCUGGGUUAGUGGUAGGUCCAUCGAAGAAGUCGAAGAAAAAGCCAAAGCUGCUUUUCCCGGUAAAUCCUUUACCUUAGAACAAGACGAAGAUGUACUCGAUACUUGGUUCUCUUCAGGCUUGUGGCCUUUCUCUACCUUGGGCUGGCCCAACGAGACUGUUGACUUAAAAACAUUUUACCCAACCGUUUUGAUGGAAACCGGAUGGGAUAUUUUGUUUUUCUGGAUCGCUCGUAUGGUUAUGUUGGGUAUCAAACUCACAGGUCAGGUUCCCUUUAAGCGCGUCUUUUGCCAUGCUCUUGUUCGUGAUGCUCAAGGACGUAAGAUGUCCAAGUCUUUGGGUAAUGUCGUUGACCCCAUUGACGUGAUUGAGGGCAUUACUCUUCAAGCUUUGCAUGAUAAACUUUCGGUCGGUAAUUUGGACAGCCGUGAAGUUGAGAAGGCCAAGAAGGGACAAAAGAUGAGUUAUCCCAAGGGCAUUCCUCAAUGCGGUACCGAUGCUUUACGUUUCACCCUCUGUUCGUUAACUAGUGGUGGACGUGAUCUUAACCUGGAUAUUCUCCGUGUUGAAGGUUAUCGUAAAUUUUGCAAUAAACUUUACAAUGCCACAAAGUUUGCUUUGGGACGUCUUGGACCUUCUUUCAUACCUAACGCGACCGAUAAGCCCACUGGCAAAGAGUCACUUGUCGAAAAGUGGAUUUUCCAUCGUUUGAAUGUUGCUGUGGAUGCUAUGAACAAGUACAUGGAAGAGAUGAACUUUUUGCAAGCAACUUCUGCCGUCUACCAGUUCUGGCUUUAUGAACUGUGUGACGUUUACAUCGAAACCUCUAAGUACUUGAUUAGUGAUGGAACCCCCGUCCAGCAAGAAUCUGCCAAGCAAACUCUAUACACUGUUCUAGACACUUCUUUAAGAUUAAUGCAUCCUUUUAUGCCUUAUGUUACUGAAGAAAUGUGGCAACGUCUUCCCCGUCGUCCUAGCGAUACUACUCCCAGUAUUGUGAAGGCUAAGUUCCCUAUAACCAGAGAAGACUAUGCCUAUGAACAAGCCGCUAAAGAUUAUGAGUCUAUCAUCACAGUUGUUCACUCCAGCCGCUCCAUGAUGGCUGAUAACGGUGUUAAAUCUGAUGCUGUCUUAUACAUUCAUCCUGGGCAGAAACAGCAAGAGUUAAUUAAUGCUGAAAUUGCCAGUAUUCAAUCUUUGAUCAAGAAAUGCAAGUCGCUUAAAAUCGUUGAUACUGAUUUCGAUGGUGAGAAGUGUGCAAAAUCCGAAAUUCUAGAGGGUUGUACCGUCUUUUUGGAAAAGAGGGAGUAAAUUAUCAUAAAUGAACUAAGUAGAAUAGAAGGUAUCUAUAAAUAAAAAUAAUUGGCAUUUCAUUACAUAUUAACAAUAAAUAUUUGAGUAUACACAGUUCCCCA